AUGGCAUCCAUUAAAACGCUUUCAUUCAUUGCAAUAUUGGUUUUCUUUACUGUGGCUCAAGUAGUGGUAUCCAGUGACCCCGACAUCCUGACUGACUAUGUGCUACCACCAAACACAACUGCAACAGACGUAAACUACUUCACAUACACAGGGAUGCGAUCACUUGUAAAUGCCACCUACCCAGCAAAUUUUACAGUGGUAAAAGCUAGCCUAAACGAAUUCCCGGGUCUUCUUGGUCAAAGUGUUUCUUGUGCUAUUCUUGAGUUCCCUGCUGGGUCUGUUAACCCGCUUCACAUCCACCCACGGGCUACUGAACUUCUAUUUGUGUUGCAAGGCUCUCUGCAAGUCGGGUUUGUUGACACUACCAACAAGCUUUUUAAUCAGAGUCUUCAAACUGGUGACAUAUUUGUUUUCCCUAAAGGGCUUGUUCACUUUCAGUAUAACUCUAAUAGUACUGGAUCAGCUUUGGCAGUUUCGGCUUUUGGAAGUGCAAGUGCAGGGACACAGUCUAUUGCUAAUAGUGUCUUUAACAGCACUAUUUUUGAAGGAAUUCUGGCUGAGUCAUUCAAUACUAGUACAGACAUUAUCGAAAGGAUCGAGUCUGGACUAAAGGGCUGA